GAGAGGCCACACCAGGUCUGUUUCCCCGCGCGCCCCUUCUCUCAUUCCCUAUUGGCUCUCUCUACCAGGGGUACCGUCUGGGGAACCUCUGGUCACCUUGUCCUCCGCGCGCUCUAUGGCGAAAGGGACCUGCGCAGGCGCGUGAAGGGCGCCUUCAGGGCCCGCGCUUUACGACACUUGUGCGGCAGCGGCGGCGGCCACCCGGCGCUCCUUCGCGACGGUUCGGCCGGGUGCCGCUGGCGGCCGUUGCCAGGGUAGGGGUCGCUUUGCGGCAUGGCGAUGGCGGAGGGCGAGAGGACUGAGUGUGCUGAGCCCCCCCGGGACGAACCCCUGGCUGAUGGAGCUCUGAAGCGGGCAGAGGAGCUCAAGACUCAGGCCAAUGACUACUUCAAAGCCAAGGACUACGAGAACGCCAUCAAGUUCUACAGCCAGGCCAUCGAGCUGAACCCCAGCAAUGCCAUCUACUAUGGCAACCGCAGCCUGGCCUACCUGCGCACCGAGUGCUAUGGCUACGCGCUGGGAGACGCCACGCGGGCCAUCGAGCUGGACAAGAAGUACAUCAAGGGUUAUUACCGCCGGGCUGCCAGCAACAUGGCACUGGGCAAGUUCCGGGCCGCGCUGCGAGACUACGAGACGGUGGUCAAGGUGAAGCCCCACGACAAGGAUGCCAAAAUGAAAUACCAGGAGUGCAACAAGAUCGUGAAGCAGAAGGCCUUUGAGCGGGCCAUCGCGGGCGACGAGCACAAGCGCUCCGUGGUGGACUCGCUGGACAUUGAGAGCAUGACCAUUGAGGAUGAGUACAGCGGACCCAAGCUUGAAGACGGCAAAGUGACAAUCAGUUUCAUGAAGGAGCUCAUGCAGUGGUACAAGGACCAGAAGAAACUGCACCGGAAAUGUGCCUACCAGAUUCUGGUACAGGUCAAAGAGGUCCUCUCCAAGCUGAGCACGCUCGUGGAAACCACACUCAAAGAGACAGAGAAGAUUACAGUAUGCGGGGACACCCAUGGCCAGUUCUAUGACCUCCUCAACAUAUUCGAGCUCAACGGUUUACCCUCGGAGACCAACCCCUAUAUAUUUAAUGGUGACUUUGUGGACCGAGGCUCCUUCUCUGUAGAAGUGAUCCUCACCCUUUUCGGCUUCAAGCUCCUGUACCCAGAUCACUUUCACCUACUUCGAGGCAACCACGAGACAGACAACAUGAACCAGAUCUACGGUUUCGAGGGUGAGGUGAAGGCCAAGUACACAGCCCAGAUGUACGAGCUCUUUAGCGAGGUGUUCGAGUGGCUCCCGUUGGCCCAGUGCAUCAACGGCAAAGUGCUGAUCAUGCACGGAGGCUUGUUCAGUGAAGACGGUGUCACCCUGGAUGACAUCCGGAAAAUUGAGCGGAAUCGACAACCCCCAGAUUCAGGGCCCAUGUGUGACCUGCUCUGGUCAGAUCCACAGCCGCAGAACGGGCGCUCGGUCAGCAAGCGGGGCGUGAGCUGUCAGUUUGGGCCUGACGUCACCAAGGCCUUCUUGGAAGAGAACAACCUGGACUAUAUCAUCCGCAGCCACGAAGUCAAGGCCGAGGGCUACGAGGUGGCUCACGGAGGCCGCUGUGUCACCGUCUUCUCUGCCCCCAACUACUGCGACCAGAUGGGGAACAAAGCCUCCUACAUCCACCUCCAGGGCUCCGACCUACGGCCUCAGUUCCACCAGUUCACAGCAGUGCCUCAUCCCAACGUCAAGCCCAUGGCCUAUGCCAACACGCUGCUGCAGCUAGGAAUGAUGUGAGGUGAUGGGCGGGGCGGCCUGCAUCCCAGGGCCCCUCCACUCCCACCGGACCCAGGCCCCGGGCCAGGGGCAGAGCAGGCCCCGCCCCAGGGCAAUGUUGGACCCCCUUUUACUUUGUAAAGUUUGUAUUUAUUCCCCUUUAGGUUUGCAGAGGGGGUAGGGGCAGUCAGGGGCUGGCCAGAGGGUCUGCUCCCUGGACAGAGAGGAAGGAGGUGGAGCAGCUGGGGCUGGGGGCACAGCCCGGGCAUUCGGUGGGGAGGCCGUCCUCGGGGUGGGGUGGGGCCGAGUGGCUGCCCUGCCCCCCUCAUUUGCAUGGCUCCUCCCCCACUCAAGCAAUAGGGCCCCGCCAUAGGAAGACCCCCAGAGAGAGGGUCAGCAGGGGGGCCCCGCCUGCGCCUCCCCUCCUAUAGCCCCAUGGUGGGGCUAGGCUGGGGCUCACCCCCCUCCCCAGCUAUUUUAUGUCUGUAAUUAAAUAUGUUAAAAUAAAGUCAUUAUCGGAAGUCA